CAAUAGUCAAAAUGGAGGAUCAAAUUUUGCUAAGAGAUUCAAAAUUUUGUAGGCUUUGUGCCGAAGAAAACCACAACGGGGUAGAUUUAUUCAACGAAAACGAUAAUUCCGCAAAAUUAAGCGAGUUAAUUAACAAGUAUUUGCCUAUUGUGGUGGAAGAAAAUGAUAAAUUUCCGAAAAUUAUUUGCCCAGGAUGCCACAUACAACUGGAGGCUACUAAAUUAUUCAUGGAUUUGAUAAUUAGGGGCCAAUUAAAAUUGAGGGAAAUCGGCCAAAGACAAGAGAAAAAGAUGAAAAUUGCUGAACUAGAAACCGAGUACUUCAAUAAGUUAUUAGCGUCUACCUUGUAUUUAUCUGAUCACGAGCUAAAAUUAAGAGCCGAGGGAUUGGACAAACCGAAGAAGAAAAGAGGUAGACCUCCCAAGAAAUCGGUUGAAGUAAAAGUUGGAUAUAUCGAAGAAAAAGUGCAAGAACAAGAAGAACAAGAGGAGGAGGAACUUGGCCCCGAUGGUAGGAGAAAAAGAAAAGUUAAGGCACCUGCUAGAUUUGAUGGUAUUGUACAGGGUAAAGAGUUGGAUGAAAUUUUGAAAAAAGAAGGCGUAAUUGACGAGAAGAAAGAAAUUUGUAAAAAUAAGGCAGAAGUUAAAAAUUUUGCUGGCGAAAUUAUUAUAGGCCGAAUCGAAAGUGAAUACGGGGAAGAUUUAGGACAACCAAUUUUUAUUAAGCAAAAAACUAAAGAAGUUAAUUUCAAAAAAACCGUUAGUUUCAAAAAAUUCGAAUGUCCAUAUUGUUUCAAAAUAUUCAUUCAGGAAGCGAAUUUUAACGAGCAUUUAAAUUGCCAUAAAAGUGAAGAAAACGCCACACAAAAUGAGAAGAACAAUAAUAUCAAAAUCGAAUUUAACGAACAGGCCACAAUGGAAUCCAUAGCCGAUACUACAAUGGAAGAAAUUGUGAAAGAUUCCCAUGAUGUAACCAAUGUAGAAACCGAACCAAAGGCGAACAACAAUAAGUGUUAUCCCUGCAAAAUUUGCGGAAAAGUCUUACAACAUAAAAGUAGUUUACUAUACCAUAAAGAAACCGAGCACGCACACAAACGAUUCAUUUGCAACAAAUGCAACAAAACGUUCAAAAACAAGCAACUCCUUCAAAGGCAUCAGAUCGUCCAUUCCGAUUUACGGCCCUACAUCUGCCCUAUAUGCAACUCUGGAUUCAAGACCCAAGCGAACCUAAUGAACCACGAAGCGGUUCACACGAAAGAGAAACGCUUCGAGUGCCCCAAAUGCCAACAGAAAUUCGCCCACAAGACGUCGUUGAGUUUGCACCAAAGAUUGCACGAAGGCAAGAAGCCCUACACCUGCGAGUACUGCCAGAAGAGCUUCUCGCAAAACGGCAACCUAUUAGAACACAAAAGGAUUCACACCGGUGAAAAGCCGUUCUUCUGCGAGGUGUGCGGUAGAAAUUUCACGACGUCUUCGCAAUUGAAAAUUCACGUUAAGAGACAUACAGGCGAGAAACCGUGGGAAUGUGAAAUAUGCAGUAAAAAAUUCUUGCAUAAGGACGUUUUUAAGUUGCACCUUCGUCGACAUUACAAUGACCGUCCCUUCGUAUGUUCCGUGUGCAAUAAAUCGUUCAUGGAACGCUUUAGCUUGAAGAACCACCAAAGACUUCAUACUGGAGAGAAACCUUACAAAUGUGAUUAUUGCCAAAAGACAUUCUCAGACAAGUGCAAUCUCAAGAAGCACGUAAAACUACAAAAGUGUGUAAAGAAAACAUUUAAUUUGCCGUUAACGGAAAAAAGUAAUACAUUGCAAUUGACCCAACUCAUCGAUCAACAAGGGAAUCCUGUAAGCAUAACGACCCAAGACGGUCAAACCAUUCCUAUUGUAACCUCAGGAGAUGAUGACAAUAAUAUGCAAGGAUUGAUGCCGGACGGGACCUUAGUGCCUAUUGAAAUUUCUUCUGUGCAAGAACAACAUUACGGCGACGAUAUAACCCAUUCGUCUACGUUAGAUUUGCUGGAGGCUACCGAAGCUAAUGAAUUAAUUUUGGAAGAUACUUUAGGGAAAGGUUCGAUUCAAGGGCUGAACAAUUUUCAGCUUUUGACCGAUAAUGAUAGCGAAGAAAUGUGCUUAGUUACAUAUUCGAUAGACGAAAACGGCGGCGCGGGCGUUAAUGUUAGCGUUAAUCUCGGUACGGAGUUGGAAUUGCAGUAAUUCCGUCUCGGUUUAAUUCUGUGAUAAUAUCUGUGGUUUUUCUAAUGUGUAAUUUUGAUGUACCGUUUUUAUUUUAAU